CUUCUCACACCUCCACAGCCUCGGCCUCGGGACAUUGUUCCUCGACACCAUCAGCAAUAACGCUUCGCCAGAAGUCAUGGAUCUCAGAGUCACCCUCGUCAAGGGCAUCGCAUCCGGCAUCGGUCUAGCUUCGGAGAGCAUAUCAGCCUAUAAAGCCAGCAGAGAAGAGAAAAAGGCGCAAGCAGCAGACUCGGACAAUGCGGUCAGAGAAGCAACUACGGAGGACACCGAAGUCGAACAUCUUAUCAAUGAACAGCACGAGGAGGAAUGGGUUCUUGACGAGGCACAAGAUGAACUAGCUGGGAAUGAGCAUCGCGCUUAUUCAGAGCCUGCCAGUGGUGAUAUCGAGGGUUUAGCAGUUUCGUUCCUCCAAAAUUAUCCCGCUCCACCUCCGUAUACAACACCCUCGCCGGGCUCGCCCAGACUAUCUUGUCCUGUGGUGCUGCCUCAGCGACGGCCAAAGUCUCGCAAGAGAGGCUUUAUUCGAGCCUAUGCUCCCGUCCUGGAGGACUUUGGUAUCGACAAGUCCAUGUUUCUUGAGUUUUUGGAGACAUCGAACCGAGCGUGUCAGGCGACUCCGUGGUUGCAGGCUAUCAAUCUGGCAUCUAUUGGGACUAUGUUCAUACCUGAGGCUAUUUCGAUAGCUGUUUCUAUUCUGAUACAGUUGGCGACUGAUGUGGCGAUGGCUGUUGAUGGUAGGAGAAGGACCAACAAGUUCUUUGACAAGAUCAAUGACGAGUUCUUCCGGCCUCGUGGUCUGUUCUGUUUGGUUAUGACAUGGAAGCCGGGGUCCGACUCACCUUAUGCUACCUUCGAUAUGAACUCCACGAUCUCGGCGGCCAUCGAGCAUGGUGGAGCAGGACUAAUGAACAAGGUCCGACAUAAACUCAAGUCAUCGGAUGCUAAGACGCACGGCACAUUGCCCUUCUCGGAGUGUGCACCUCUUAUAUUUCCCGACCUUGACGAGCUAGCAGAACACCGGGGAGACAACCAGUCGAAACUCAAGGGUGCGAAAAGAAGAAAGGAGUUCGUCUCGGAUUACUGGGACCGAAGGUCACAAGCCAAGUUCAUGAUGAAGAAUCCAGAUAGCGCUUUGAGCCAGGGUCACAAGCCAACAUUCACCUCCCGUUAUGCCGACCCUAGCCACCCUGCGAGCAGCGGCUCCUUGGUCGGUCUACUCACGGGUGGAUAUAUGACUGGUGAGAGGUUGGUGCAACUUCGAAGCGGCAUAAGUGGAACCGAUGGUAGAAGAGGUCUCAGCAGGCAGUCGAUUGAAACGCCACCAUUGUCCCUUGGUGGACUGGCGGCUGGUAUUCGUGCAGCCAGGUUUGGUCGAUCGCCGGCAGAAGAUCCGCAAGGGCGAAGUGUGAUGCAAGGCGAAGAGGGCUAUCCACAGCCAGUUACUGAAGCUUCGACUGGUGGCCAAAGCGUUCCCGGUCGUGGGCGGGGAAUCAGAGACCUUCGCCAGGCAGGAUCUAUAGUAAGUCCCGUUGGAGGAAUCAAAAAACUUCUGAAGGAGAAUAUUAUAUAUCUCAUGAUUGUCAAUAUGCCUUCGGAGGAAGAUAUGGAAGCAGCUCGGCGGAUUCUCCAGUCAUGAUCACUGUUUUGAAUCUAUGUUGAUCGGUCGCUUUAUCUUUAGUGGGCCUUGUAUUUUGCUUGCUUUCUUGAUCUGUUCUUGUAGUUUUAGCGAGACUAAAAUAUUAGCAAGGGCGUGCAGGGUAAGUUAAAAUGUUUAUGGAACGAGUACCUGUAUGGUUUCUGUUGCCAGCAGGCAGUCAAGGGAUGAUAUUCGAAUGGUUCCUGGAAUGCCCGGCUUUUGGCUCAUGGCACAGAAUGGCGGGGUAGAUCAUUAGCGAUUGAUGAAAGCGAUGGAAGUGAUCGAAAACAUGAUAGUUGGGUG